AUGGUGAAAUGUAGAUUUGUUACUAUAAUUUAUGCCCUCAUGGUGGCUCAGACUGCUAAGACAGUCUGUUAUUAACACAGCUGCUUGCAAUUACUGCAGGUUCAAGUCCCAUAGGCCCAAGGUUGACUCAGCCUUCCAUCCUUUAUAAGGUAAGUAAAAUGAGGACCCAGAUUGUUGGGGGCAAUAAGUUGACUUUGUAUAUAAUAUACAAAUGGAUAAAGACUAUUGCUUAUCAUAGUGUCAGCUGCCCUGAGUCUUCGGAGAAGGGCGGGAUAUAAAUGCAAAUUAAAAAAAAAUGUUCAAACUGAUUGAUGAAUCAAUCAAAAAAAUAAAUAAAAGCAAAACAUUUUAAACAAUUCUAAUGAACAUUUUUUUGAAGUCUGACUUUUCUGCAGAAGAUAGAAACUCUGAAGCAUACAGCACCCAUUUGGGGCCUGGAAGAAGAAAACGGCUGAGAAGAUCAUAUCAACCAAAGAUGGCUAAUAGAUCAAGAUGUUCUACAACAUUUAGCAGUCUUGGUCAAUUAUCUUCCAAUUCUCUUAAUAAUAUCUCAGCAGAGCAUCUUAAUAGAUUUAAAAGAAAAGCUAAGCUAAAAGAGCUGAUUCAGCAAUGCACCAAUGAAGAGUUUAUGGAGCUGGUGAUUCCACGUUUGACAACAGUUGUUACUGUAUUUGAAUUCCUACUGAUGAAGGCAAAGAAAAAAUGUCCAACAAAAGCAGUCUUUCCAGAUGUUUAUCAGGAGUUUGAAGAGCUCCAUUCAAUGGUAAAGAAAAUGUGUCAAGAUUAUUUUAAUAAUUCUGAAUUAAAGCAACCAUUAGAAAUAAAAAACCAUAAGGUAGCUGAAUCACUAGGAAUUACAGAUUGUUGUCUUGAAGUGCCAAAAAUCCAGACAAAUUCUUUUCCUGAAUGUACUGAAUCUACUGAUGAGCCUAUAUUGCUCCAUAUUUCAGGACAGAAACGAGCAGCUGAGUUUUAGAAAUGUGCAACAAAAAUUGUUCUGCAAAAAUAAUAUGGAAAAAAAAAGAAUAUGAAUUGCUCCAGACAAAAAUUGUGGAUGAAAUAAUACAUAUUUAUGUGAUCAACAUACUCAAGAAAAAUUGAAUGUUUACAGCCUUUAAAUAUACCAGGAUUAGAUUAUUUGAGAUGUCCAACUGACUAUAGAGGACGUUCACAAGAAGAACAAAGAUAAAUUCAAGUUGGGAUACAGUAAAUGAAAUGACUUAUUAUAUCUCUUGAAACAUCUGAAAAACACAGUCAUCAUUCUCCUUGGUUUCUUCAUGAAAAUACAGUAAAAAUAAAAUAUAGCAAGAACUUAAGAAAAAUGCUGUUAACAAAUUCUGAACUUUCUUAAAACUUGAAUAAUUUCAACAGUAUUAAACAUCACAGGAAUAGUUCAUCAGUUUAGAUCUCAGGAAAUUGAAAAGACCAGCUUCGUCCUUCCUUGAAAAUAUAUGAUUAAUCAAUUUAUUAGUAUUUUAGUGGAAGAAAAAUAGAGAAUGUACUAACUACAGCAUGAUAAUGUUGAAGAUCAUGGAAACUGGGAACUUUCUUAGGGGUAUAGGCUUUGCUUCUUUCUGGUCUGUAACACAAUUUGCUGGUGCUCUGUACAUUAUACAAAUUCUUUGGAAGCUGCAGCACUCUUAACAGUAAUACUAAAAUUAAGCCAUUAUAAAAAUAUUUUUGAAACAGUUUUGAAAGUCUUACCUGAAAUGUAUAUUAAACAUGAAUUUGUUUUUAGUUCCACAAGCUUGGCCAUAUUUAAGAUAUAGCACAAGUUCUAAAAAUAUCCAGAUUUAGGUGUUACCUUCCCAGAAUGAUAAUUUUGUUAAUCUGGUUCUAAUAAUAUUGUCUUCUCUUCAGGUAUUCAGGAGAGGUUGUAUUCAGAAUCAUGACACCAAAAUGAUAAAAUUGGGAUGCUACCAUGCGAGUUUUAUGCUUUUGUACUUGCAUUGCCAUAUUGCCCACAAUUACAUAAUUUAUAGAGUUUGCAUCAUAUCACAAUGCACUUUUGUCACUUUGUCCCUACUUGCACAUGCCUUUGUCUGCAUAAGAGAAGAUGUAUUGACUUCCUAAGAGUCAAUAUUCUCAUAAUGGAUGAAUGAGUUAAAUCUGCAGGAAAGCUAGCAGCACUUAAGACACAAUGUUAAUGAGAGGCUUAAUCAGUGGUACUAUAAGGAGUUAAUAGAAAAUGAAUUUCUCCUAAAAGACAAAUAUAUUGCAUCAAUUGCUAUGGAUAUAUUAACACUUGACUACCUACAGUACUGUGUAAAAUUAAGGACAGCUGCCAGAAUUCCUUUAAAAAUGAACAUUUAAAUUCUUGUGUAUGCUAUCUGAAUAAACUUGAAAAAACAACAACCCACGGUGCUUUACCAAUUGCUAUUUUUAUCAGAUUUCCAAUUUAAAUUUACUUUUUUAAAAUGUAGAACUUAUUUGGGAUUUAAAGUGUUUAGAUUGUUCUCCAUAUUGAAUCAUUUUAUCAUUUUAAAGAUAUCUGUUAUUGGAUAAUAAACAGUCAAGGUUUUCUUAAAUAUUUAAUUUACGACAUAAAACGUAUAUAUGGCUUGUUUAAAAUUAAAAAUUCAUCUACUUCAUGUUUUCAGAUGUGUCCUAUUCUACAUAUGGUACUUGCAAUUGUAAAAUAUAUUGUUAAUUUUCCCUAAUCCAAAUUGCUCUGAAAACACUUUUAAUCCAGAACACCUAAAGUCUAGAAUCUCAAAUAUUUUGAAGUGAAGAGUUCAACAGAGUAUGACAUAAAAGAAAUAUUAUAAAACAUUGAAUAAUUUAUGUCAUGCCAUAUGGGAGCUUUAAAGCCUACAUUCACCAAAUGGUUGGUGAAGUUUGGAAGGCAUAUGCACUGAUGGACAGACUACAUUUGCACUUACACAUCUUCUGGCUUCUUGAUGCAUAGAAGAAGAAACGGAAAAUAUGAGCAGCUUCCUGGAAGUGCUUUUUUAAAAAUAUGUUGGGUAACAAUGGAUUUAGCUUGUUUCUGGAACAAUUCAGGAUUCCUUAAUUGCCUUGUAUAUUAAAUAGCUACGAGGAAGAUGUCUGCAUCAGACCCAUGCCUGAUUGAAGAGAAGCCAGCAUAUUAUGCCUCUUAAUAAGACAUAUCUGAGUUUAGCAUGUUAUGUACUUGGCCUUUUAGAUCCUGGGCAAAAGUCUAAGUAACAGCUCCUUAAAAAAAAUAACAUGGAAUAAUUCAAACAGAGGUGACUAAGUGUGCUGUAAUGCAUCAUCCCACAUAAUAGCAAUUCUAAACAAGUUAGGGAAAGUAUAUGCAGUAUAGUUUACAAGUACUCUAACAGUGAUUAUAGGAGAUGUCUGUAUAUUUUUUUAUGUAACCAAGUAAUUCAUAGCAUCUGUACCUUGGGUACAGGAUGGAGGAACUAGAUGCACCAUUCCAAGCACAACUCCCUCUCUCAUAGCAUUGGGGAUUUUUUUUGGGAAUUAUUUUCUUUGUAAAUUCCAUGCCAGAUUUGGCCCAUUUUUGAACAUGAUCUUUCUUUGGCUGGAAUCUCCCAUUAUAGCAAAUUUGCUCCCAUUCUCUUCAGGGUUUUUUUUUUUUUGAGAGUCAUCCCGUUGAUAUCCAACAUUUUGUUGGGAUGGAAGAAGUCAAAACAGAGAUUAUACAUACAAUCUGAACAGACACUGAACAGUUAUAUACUAGGACACUGUCAUAAGAGAUUCAUCUAGCAUCUACGUUGCCAAAAAUGGAAGGGAACAGUGUUGAUUUUUACCACUAUUGCCUUUCCUUUUUUAUCUUCUAGAAGUCUGUUACCAUCUAUCCUAGCUGUAUCACACGGAGCUGCUUGGUUUUUAAGGGCUUCAGAAUGUUUAUAAUUUUUUACAACAAAUGACUUGAUCACUCACAUGUUAAAUAACUGCCCUAUAAUUGUUCUGUUUUGGCAUAUUUGUAAAUGUGAUAUACACAAUCUGAAGUUUUUACUCCAUUGCUUGUUUUCUUGUAUUAAAUGUCGUAAAUUAUAUGCCAGUAGUAAUGUUUAAUCAAGAUAUGAGUCUGAAACUAUGCCUUUUGCACAUUCUAUAUAUUUAUGUAGAAUAUAUAUAAUUAUGCAGCUUUAUUUUCAUAUGAGUAGAGAAGGGUACAUGAUUGUAGAUUUUUCCUUGAUAUCUUUUAUCCAGUUAAAGGAGACUGAGGUAACUACUCCCACAUAUUGA